ACGAUACAUUAAGUCAAAUAUCUCAAAUGGUAAAUUAUAAUGAAGAAAGUGAAGAAAAUGAAAAAAUGGGUGAAAGAGAUGAAGAAGAAUUAUUUGUUAGUUUUUCUGGACUUCAACAAGAAAUAGAGGAAAGUAAAAUUCAAAUUAAGCUUGAAAAUAUUUUAAAUAUUUUAAAUAAUGAAAGUG